CACGAGCACACGUCGUAAUGAGUGCCUGAGGACGAGGUUGUGUGGAGCGACGGCGACAACUCACUGUCCGACUUUGUAUUCUCCCUGCGGUUCUUGCGAGUGCGACGUCGCCAGGCAAUAUCACGUAUAAAGUGUUUCAUUAUAACGCAGUGGGUAUUUCGUUUUCUACGCGCUCAUCGUCAUCCGGCGCAAGUCUGCUCUAAAUUUUUGAAAGACACCAGAAAUGGUCGACCUUCUCACCGCCACCGGCGCGGUGGUGGGUUCCACCCUGCUGGGCGGCGCGGGGUCCCUGUGGGAAUACAACCAGGGCAUCUGGCAGUUCGACAAGGCGCAGCGGCAGAACCAGGUCCACCAGCUGCAGAACAUGCGGUGCACGCAGGCCGGUAUGUUCCGCGAAGACAUCCGAGAUCUCUUCGGUUUAACCAUCGCGAAAAUGGACAGCUACUUGACCGUGAACACACUGCAAUAUGCCUUGCAAAAGUAUCAUCCUAGUAGAAACGCGCAUGACGAAUUUGCUCAGCAUGACAAAUGGAAACUGUCAUGCAGAUUUAGCUUGGAAAGGAGAUUUGUCUUGCAUGAUUGCGAUUCACACGAGUGCGAUGCUUUUGCAAUGGAUAUACAACUCGGGUUCGCGAUCAACCUCUUCUACGACAACGAGUUGUUCAAAGUCGCCCCUUAUGUAUUGCAAAAAUGUCUGGGUCUGGAAGAAUGCAACUUGUGAUGCUAUUUUUGGAAUCCAAAAAAGUCUGUAUUGCAUGAGCAGCAAGAGUUUUUUUGCUCCGCGGAGAGGGGAUUUCUCAUGCGGGAUAGGCAUCAAGAUGCCCGCAAAGAAUUUGUGAUGCUGGGGCAUACAUCACAGACGUCACGGGUCAUGCAAAAUGUGCAUGACAAACCUUGCCAUCUCUCAGACCCAGACAUUUUUGCAUUUCAUACCCCGACCUGGAUUUUCGCCCUUUACGCCCUGUCCGUCGGAGCGUCGGUUUUGUUCUUCGUGCUCUCUAUGUGGUACUCGGUUUACGCCUCGAUUGCCGCCCAGUCCUGCACGGUCCGGUGCUUGACGCAAGCGCUCCGCGUUCCGAUUCCCCGGGUGGAAGAGUACGCGCACGCGCGGGCGUAUGCGACAGACUACGAAUCCGAGGUGGCGACGGCGUUUCGGCUGCCGUUUCUGCAGAAGCACCGGGCGGGGAGGAGGAAGCCGCUGUUGCAUAUCCAGGAAAAAACACCCAUCCCCAUCCAAUUUUUCGUGCAAAACAUGCACCAUAAAAUCCACUACUUGCCAUGCAAAUAAUGGAUGGGGAUGGGUGUUUUUUCCUGGAUAUUGCAGGUCUUCACAGAUAUGGUGUUUGGAGGGGGAAAAGAUCAAGAUGGUGAAAGUCAAAACGGAAGUAGUAAAGCUACGAAUUCCACCCAGCAGCACGUCAAAACCGGAGACGGAACAUCAAAUGGUAAAAAUGGAAAAAAUAGUACCAUGACAAGUAGAUUUAAAAACCUCUUGUCGCCAAAAUCUACCCGUUCUACUUCAAAACCACCGGCAGAGGGGGACCGGUUUGUCCUUCAGUCCCAACUCUCCAUACCCCAACUGUGCGCUUCGGACGCGGGGUUCGCACGGGCGGUGGAAGUGGACAAAGAGAUUCUGGGACAAGAGGAAAGUGAGGAUGACGACGAUAGAGAUUCUGACGCCGACCUCCUCGAAGACUCGCCGGUGUCGUCCCCAAAUGACCAAAAUCGACGUCCCGAUCAUCUCACGAAAGACGAAGACGGCGGCCCGGCAAAGAUCGCAGUGAGUGAAAGGCCGUUUCAACAGCAAGGGAUGGUGAACAAUAAAGCGACAAGAUUCGAGACCACCGAGGGUCAUGACAACUCUUCAGAUAUUAACCACCAGAAGAUGAAGACCAAAUCUCUACAACUUCGCCGGAGCAACACGACCAAGCGAAUCCAGAAUCGGAAUAAUAGUAAUUUCCACUUUCACUACUUCGACGAGUUCCAAGACCGGUGGCGCGGCUUCGACACGUUAGCGCGAAUCUUGAUGGGGAUGGGAACGUAUAUCCAAUGCAAAAGCAAGCAUCGUACAACUCGUACUAAUUGCAGUGCAGCAUGACAGAUCUAGCUUCUUAGCUAGUUUAGCAUAUACAAAUUGAUUCACCUUUUCCUUCUGUGAAAAUUGAAAUUCGUAUAUGCUAUUUCUACUAGUACUAGCUAGGUAGUACAAUGCUUUUCCAAUGCAUAACGUAUCACUUACUACAAUCAACCGUGUACUACGCGUUAGGUUGGGUGGUUUUCUACAAAAACGAGUAUUUGGGCGGAUUGAUCUACAUGGUGUUGCUUACCACGGUGCAAUACUUGUUAACGAAGCUGGAACUGUAUUUGAGAAAGUGGGAGGAAGUGAAAAUGUUUCUGCUCAUCGUCGUUCCACCGGCCUUGAGUUUCCUCAUCGUCAUUCUCGCCCACAACGACAAUGCGGCGAACAGCACCAAUAGUAACCGGGACAGCAAGGAAAUUUCCGAUGCGGAAAAGUAUCUAACCCCGCUCGUGUUUCUCGCACAUUUGAUGUACUACAAGGAGCUACUGUGGCUGUCUCCCGCGUUCGGAUCGCCCUCGACGAACAAUUUUAUCAACUGCAAAUAAAGUAUCGUACGUAGUAGUAAUUGCAAUACAAAUUAUCUCAGCGUGACAAAUGGAAUUUGUCAUGCUGUUUUGCCUUGGGAUGGGGAUUUGUAAUGCAUAACUGCAAUUAGUACGAGUGCGAUACUUUUUGCACAGGAUAAAUUUCCGCGCGACGCAAUUCACGGAAUUUCUGACCAGCUCGGCGUCGACGUUAGUGAAGGAAAAACAGACCACUUUGGAUUUGUUUGAUAAAAGCGAGGAGAUGCUGUUACACGAGAUUGUUGAGGAAGAUCCGGACGAGAUGACGGCUUCUAAACAAGGUGGACGCAGCAAGAGCCCGCUCACAAUGGGCGGGCUGGGAAGCCGCGGUCAUUCUGGGUCCUCUGAGGUGCUCGGUGACGGAACAAUUGCGGGUGGGAAUACAAGUGGUAUUGGCAGUAGUUCUAGAAACUUUGUUGACCAGCAGGCUGUGGGCCUCCACGGUGAAAACAGUAGAGCAAAGGGAGUUACCUUCCAGGAGGAGUCCUCCGGGACAAAAGGUCCCGCAGGGCGAGCUGCAUCUGCCACUGCUUCAUCCGGAAGAUCUUCUGUCACUGCAAGAAGUUCCACAGAGCUCUUUCCCGGGCAAGAGGAACUCGAGCUGCGACUCGCAUCCCUGCUCCAACUCUUCAAUAGCGAAUAUGUGACGGCGCAGCUCGACGAAAUUCGCUUGUCAGUCGUGGAGCAAGUGACCGACUCGUUCGCGAAGGCGCAGCAACUCUUGAACACAGUGGAACGGUUGAGGGAAAGCCGGAAGAAAAAUAAAGCCGUAGUUGCAACUUUAUUUACUACAACAGCCGGGAUCUUCGGGAACAAGAACAACACUUCUAAAGCCAAAAAGCUAAAAAUCGAGAAGAACCGGGCCUACGUCGAGCUUUUCUACUACUCCGACCGGGGAAUCCCCUUGCCGUACUACGUGAAUAUCCCGUGCAAAAGUAUCGUACUCGUACUAAUCGCAUUCAUGCAUUACAAAUGUCUUUCUCAAGUUCAAUACGCAUAUACAAAUUUUAUUUCUCAUGCUGAGGCAAUUUGUAUUGCGAUUUAUACAAGUGCGAUACUUUUGCACCGCAUAGUGAAUCCAGUGUUACAACAAACCACCUGGGACAAACCCUUGGACUACAAGCCACCCAAUUUGUUCACUUUGCAGCGCGCCGGGAAUUUCUUUGCCAAGGCGGUCAGGAACGGGAUGGAAAAGGAGGAGGUUAUUUUGAGUACAACUACUCAUGUCCGUGAUCAAGAUCAUGCGGGGGACCCCCACGACGACGGCAUCAAUAGCGCUGAAGCUGGACCACACCAUAGCGAAGCCGAAGAGGGCGGCACCGGAGCAGGAGGUAGUGCGGUAUCCUGUGCAAAAGUAUCGUACUCGUAUUGCAAUCAUGCACUACAAAUCUUGUUCUUAAGGUAAAUUAGCAUUUACAAAUUUUAUUUCUCAUGCUGAGGAAAUUUGUAAUGCAUUUAUACGAGUGCGUACUUUUGCAAUGCAUAUGCGGAAUACAGGAACAACAACACUGCCGGCGGUACUACAAACGUGGCUGGUACAAGUACAACCACGAGAGAAGAUUUGCUAGACGAUGUGAACACGACUGAGCGGAAUGUAGUACUCGCUGCAGACGCUGUGAACAUCCAAAUCACGACCGCUCAAGAAGAACAUCGGACGACUUCUUCCACCGUUAAAAAUCAGGGCGAAAAAACGUUGACGAAAGCCAAAUCCCGAUCCAUCGUGCGAUUCGGCAGCUCUGUUUUCGACGGGACAAACCACUACCUUCACGACGACAUGUAUGGAACUGCCAGAAUCGAAAUCGUCAAAAUCGAAAUGAUUUGUGAUGCAUAAAAUCGAUACGAGUUGGAGCCUCAGUUUCCAAGUGGCGCAUGACAAAUUUCGGGAGCACCAAAAUCCACUCUGUCGCGCUGUUUGGGCAAAGAAGACUGCUCCUGUCAUGCUACUCUGGCAGCACAUCGUCUUCCCCGAAGCAGGCUUAGAAUCGGUCUCAUUUGCCUGCGCCCCAGCACAGACCUUGCGCGCCCUACAUUUUAUGCAUAUGCAAGUUUUUCGAUUUUGUCGAUUUCGAUCCUGACACUCCCAUAACAUGUACGACGGUGCGAGCGCGGACGCCUAUUUGUAUAGCAACACUUCCCAAGCAGCUUUUACGAUCGAGGGUCGGCACACGAUGAGUGAUAGUUUUGACUACAACGCGGAGGGUGAAGAUAAUGGUCCUCAUGAUCAUGAUGCAAGAGCUGCAAAAAUCAUGUCGCCGAACAAACUGAUCAAGCACCAUAUGGCAGUGCACAACUCCCCUUCCCCCUCAUUUGAAUAGCAUGAACGGCAAUACAAGCAUCAGCAAGACUGCCGGAUUUGCAUCGCAAAUUUGCACUGGAGUGUAGUUCUGUUUGGGCUCCUACCAGAAUUUGUCAUGCAUAAUAUUGACAGGAGGGAAAGCGUGGAUUUGGUAUUCUGCAUGAGAAAUGAGAACGAAGGGGUGUUGUGCACUGUCAUACACCAUCUAACCGAGAUAGAAGACACGAUCCGCACCGUGACGCAGGAAGACGAUCCUGAGAUGAACGACUCAAUUCUGAAGGGAAAACCAAACAACACAAGCACAACUGGAGGCAGCAGAUCCGUACAACAAAAUCGACGCAAACUGGCACAGCAACCCAGUUACAUCGUCCGGACUUCUUCUGGCGCGAAGGUUUCCCAUACACCACCACUGCCGCGGACCGCGACGGCGACGAGCUUGCCGAACGCAGUGCCGGAAACGUUCGGGCGGUAUUUACCGAAGGUGGUCACGACGCAACAGAACAAAUUCGACCAGGACUUGCCAACAAGAAUUUUCCGGAUUGGCACCGGAAGUGUUUUCUUUCUCUCUUUCGUCUGCUUCGUGUGGAGUAUCCUCGUGUUGUUCGAUUUCUUGAAGGUGGGAGGCAGUGUAUCCCGUGGAAAUACUGUUUGUUCACUGUGAUGGUUUUCUUGCAAGUUUUGCAUCACAAGUCUGUUCUACUUCCUACAUCACAGGAAUAGACCAAGUUUGCCAUGCGAGAUUCCUAAGGUGAAACACGCCUACAAAUGCAUUAUCGUGCAUGUGUAGCAAGACAAACACUUUUGCGAUGCACUUUAUGCACUACAAGUUCUCAGUGAAGCAGUUUUUUCUCGUGAUGCAGCGGGAAGCCGACACUGAUCCACAACGGCACGACGCACCAGAGGGAUAUGUCGUCGGCGAGUCGGUAUGCACUGCAAAUUGUAUUACAAAGCAUUGCAAAUGAAAUUUGUAAUGCUGUUUUACGUGAGGAAGGAUAUUUGUCUUGCAUAACAGCAAUUACUACGAGUGCGAUACUUUUGCAGUGGAUAGUCGGGUAAUUCGACGUCGGGUCAGGAGGUUGGAGGGGGAGGAUGUGGAUUGGGGAAUGGAGAGUGGUGAUGUCGAUGUAGCAGAAGAAAUUGCAUCACGAACUACAACUGCCGCUGGAAGCAAUUCGAAUUAUGAAAGAGGGCAUUUCUCUGACUCUGGGAGAAGCGGGAACAAGCUUAGGUUCAAGAUUGAGCACCUCGCGGCGCAAUUUUGCGACCACCGGAGAAGUAUGCUAAGCGCGACAGAAACAUCAGGUGGUUCGGAGACAAUGCAGGUUGAACACCAGCAGUUCCAGCAGGCCAACGAAAAGCAUCCCCCGACUUCGAAGAAGAGAACAAGUGAGCAACUAGUAGUCGUACCACCACGACAAACUCAAAUGUGCACAGCAAAGCAAAUUCGGAAAUACACGCGGCAUCUACAGGAGGAGGCUGAGGUGGUGGAGGAUGGGUUUCUGGAUUUGCAGGAAAUUCAGCGCUAUUUGGAAACUAGAAAGGAAUCUUUAUCGCACGAUCAUCUAUUUGAAGAAUCGGCCACAGAUGCUGGUUCUCGAGAAAAAAUCGAUCUACGAAGAGAGCUUCAGGAUAUAAUACUUCUUGCCGCGAAGCACAAGGAGGUCCAAGAACCAGCCGAUAACUCAUCCAGUGAAAUGAAUUUAGGGCGUCCACUUACGGCCGACGAAAAAGAACGAUCUCGACAUUGAACAAACUUAGCUUGAUGGUAAAAC